AUGAAAGUCACCAUCAAGGAAUGGAACUCAGUCGCCACAUGGCAAUGGGACAUACCCGAGGACGACGUCUGCGGCAUCUGUCAGGUGCAUUUUGACGGGACGUGUCCGACGUGCAAAUACCCCGGCGACGACUGCAGCCUUUUGUCUGGAAAAUGCGGCCAUAGUUUUCACAUGCAUUGCAUCAUGGAAUGGAUCAAGCAGGAGUCGGCAAAGGGACAAUGCCCAAUGUGUCGACAGCGUAUGUCCUCUACCUGA